AUGGAAGGGAUCCAACUCGAAGGUCCAAUACCAAUCUUGCUCUUUGCCCCUACUCUAUUGCAGACUGUUGUAUUAAAGCGCAAUCAGUUAAAUGCAACAUUGGAUUUUGGUACCAACUAUAGCAAACAAUUAGAGCUUGUGGAUUUACAAAACAAUGAAAUAACUAAUUAUAAACCAGAAGCUAAUAAAGGCAUCCAAGUAAUAUUGGCAGAUAAUCCAGUGUGCCGAGAAGCAGGGAAUCAACAGAGUGACUUCUGCAAAGAAAUCCAACCUAGUACUGAUUUUUCUGUUCCACAAAUAAACUGUUCACCAUGUGGUCAAGGCAGGGAACCGAGUCCAGCUUGCCGCUGUGUGUAUCCAAUUACAGGAAAACUCAUCUUCAGGUCUCCUUCCUUCUCAGGUUUUUCCAAUAACACCAACUUCAUAAUGCUCCAUCAGGGGAUAGCAGAUUUCUUUAGGGACCCCAGUUAUCAAGUGGACUCCGUGGCCAUCAGAAACUUUAGAGAGACUGCAACUGGUCAUCAGCUUCUAGUAGACCUCUUGUUAUUUCCAUUGGACAAGGAGAGCUUUAAUCAGACAGAAAUGAAUAGUGCUAUUUCUGCGUUUAGCACUCAUACAUAUGACCCUCCUGAAAUAUUUGGGCCUUACAUUUUCAGAGCUGAUCAGUACCGUCCGUUUUCUGGAGGUUCCAUUUCAACAAACACGGGCAUUGUCAUCGGAGCAGUAGUUGGUGCCGUGGUUCUUGUAAUGUUGUUAACCAUAGCUGGGAUUUACGGUCUUAGGCAGAAGAAGAGAGCAGAGAAAGCCACUGGUCAAAAUAAUCCUUUUGCCAAAUGGAAUCAGAGUACAAGCAGUGUCGAUGCUCCGCAGCUAACGGGAGCAAAAGCAUUUACUUUUGAAGAGUUGAGGAAAUGCACGGACAACUUCUCAGAGGCAAAUGAUGUUGGAGGUGGAGGUUAUGGCAAGGUGUACAAAGGGAUUCUUCCCUCUGGAAAACUCCUAGCCAUCAAAAGAGCGCAACAAGGAUCUUCACAAGGGGAGUUAGAAUUUAAAACUGAGAUUGAGCUUCUUUCAAGGGUCCAUCAUAAGAAUGUUGUCAAGCUCUUAGGCUUUUGUUUUGAUCGAAAUGAACAAAUGCUUGUAUACGAGUACAUUCCAAAUGGCUCUCUUACAGAUAGUCUAUCAGGCAAGAAUGGUAUUAGACUUGACUGGACAAGAAGGCUCAAAAUAGCACUUGGGUCAAGCAAGGGUUUGGCUUAUCUUCAUGAGCUUGCUGAUCCACCAAUUAUACACAGAGACAUCAAAUCAAAUAAUAUACUACUUGAUGAAAGUCUAAAUGCAAAGGUUGCCGACUUUGGCCUCUCAAAACUUGUGGGAGACCCUGAGAAAAAUCAUGUGACAACACAAGUGAAAGGAACUAUGGGCUAUCUGGAUCCUGAGUACUACAUGACGAAUCAAUUGACUGAGAAGAGCGAUGUGUAUGGUUUUGGUGUGGUGAUGCUUGAGCUAUUAACUGGUAAAAGUCCGAUAGAGGGUGGCAAAUAUGUGGUGAGAGAAGUGAAGGCAAAAAUGGAUAAAUCAAUGAACUUGUAUGACCUGCAAGAAUUGGUGGACACGACUAUCAUUGCAAACAGUGGAAAUCUAAAUGGGUUUGAGAAGUAUGUGGAUCUUGCUUUGAGAUGUGUGGAUGAAGAAGGAGUGAAGAGACCAUCCAUGGGUGAGGUUGUCAAAGAGAUUGAGAACAUUAUGCAGCUUGCGGGAUUAAACCCUAAUAUUGAUUCAGCGACUAAUUCGAGAACGUACGAGGAAGCAAGCAAAGGAUCUGGUGAUCCUUAUGGCAAUGAAAUCCAAUGAUUCGAAUUUUCUUUUGUGUGAACUCAUAAAUGCUUUCUUUCUUGAUACUUUGAUUUGUAUUCAGUUUUAUGAUCGGAUUAAUAAAAG